UCUGUUUUUUCCCUUAUUGCUGCCACUCGGCCCACCCCCCAAGCACCAUCCCGCAGUCCUACAGGAGUGUGACAACAGCAGCUAUGCAGUCUCCAGAGCAGCUCUCAGCCCGAGCCUAACCGAAGCAAAUCCUCUCUCUAGGGCCACCUAGAGUACCCCAAGGCUGGGGGGCACCUCUGAGAGGAGGCAAGAAAGCAAGAAAGCAAGAAGACUAGAAGCUCCCAUCAAGGACAGUGACUGUUUCCUCUCCUGAUUGAUGCCAGUCCUGGGGACAGAAGUUGGGAGACGCCUCCAAAUGCCAUAUACUGAAAGUGCCGUGAGUGACAAGAGGACACAGCUGCAGCAAGUGACAGGAAAGGUGGAAAAAAGAGAAAGAAACUGUUUCCUUUCACUUGUUUGAUUCAGUUUUGCUCGCUUGAAGUGCCUGGGGAACCUUGAGGACACCAUCUGUUUGAAUGUCUUUGUGGGAAAGUUCCUCAUCAGAACAGGUGUCUUCGUAGAGCAGUACCUUGUUGCAAGGUCUAAGAAUUACAACCAAAUUACAAUUUACGGAACUCAAGCUAGGUUUAUAUUUUAAACAUACACAACUGAAAUCCCAACAAAGAACAACUCGAAAUAAGUAUGGCGAACUCAGGAUUUCAGCUCCUGGGCUACUUCUUGGCUUUGGGAGGAUGGAUCGGCAUCAUCUCCACCACAGUGCUUCCCCAGUGGAAGCAGUCUUCGUACGCAGGGGAUGCCAUCAUCAUGGCAGUAGGGCUCUAUGAAGGCCUUUGGAUGUCUUGCGCAUUCCAGAGUACGGGACAGGUGCAGUGCAAGAUAUUCGACUCCCUGCUCUCGCUGGAUAUACAUAUCCAGACAUGCCGAGCGCUGAUGGUCAUUUCAGUGCUGAUGGGAUUCAUCGGCAUUAUCGUGAGCGUCGUGGGCAUGAAGUGCACCAAGGUGGGCGACAACAACCCAUCCACCAAAAACAAAAUCGCUGUGGCUGGAGGAGGGCUGUUCCUACUCGCAGGUGUCUGCACACUGGUGUCGGUGUCCUGGUACGCUACACAAGUGUCCUAUCACUUUUUUGACCCCAACACACCUGCGAAUGCCAGGUAUGAAUUUGGCUCCGCCCUCUUUGUGGGCUGGGCGGCGGCCUGCUUGACGAUGCUGGGCGGCUCCUUCCUCUGCUGCUCCUGCAUCGACGAUGAAAGAAGAGGGCAGCAGUACUACCGGCAAUCACAACCCUCUACAGCCAGGGAGGCUGAGUUGUUGAGUGAGACUAGUUUCCCUGACUGACCAACCCCACCCCGCCUUUAUUCGAGGACUGUCCGAGCUCCACUCUCUCUCUGUCCCUCCCCCCCACUUCCUCCACCCACCUAUUCCAAAUUUGGACCUUUGUCUCUCCGCUAUCGCCUGCGUUGCACCCUUUAAAAACCUGUGUGCCUUUCAUCAGCACCUGAUCAAUAAAAACCAUGAACCAUUGUGCGUUGAACCAUUGUUAGCCCAUUGUUGUUUUUGUUGUCGUUGAUGUUGGUGUCGCGUCCCCGCCCUCCUCCCCUUCUUGUCUCGUAUCCCUAAAAACCACACCUCUGUAAAUAUGUACUGUCCUUACACAUGGUUUUAUGUGAAAUAUGGGUGGAUGGAUUUAAGAUGUCAUAGCAUAUAUGCAAAAAAAAUAAAAAAAUCCAAUAAAUAAAAACAACACCAACUGUCUGUAUCCCACUUUACCUUUUAUGUUCUGUUAUAACACAUGUAUUACAUAAGCUAUAAGCUAUAAGAAGCUGCAUUGUUUUUCUGACCGGUGGACGUCCUGAGAUCUAUCUGAGAAGAAGGUCUAUCAGAAGCCCACUGUGUUCAGGUCCUGUCUGUAACUGAUAAGCUUACUGAAACAUGUUCUUUUCUUUUAAAUUGCAGAGCAAAUGUUAAAAGUUCUCCACCAGACAAAGGGGAGCAGUACUUGUAGUUUGGGAGAGGGGCGGCUCCGUUGGCCUCACGCUGUGUUAGAUUUUGGCAACAGUCAAGACACUCUCACACUUGGUAAUAAAUAAAUAAAGAACGAACAAAUGUUACGUUUGGUUAAACCAGCGACAUUUAAACUGCCAUUAAAGUUUAAAUAAACAGUAAGUAAUUAAAAAAAAACAAUGAUGGUAUAUGGUAAAGUGUAAUGCAUAAGAUAAGAUGCGUAAGAAAUGGCAUGAAACCCAUGAUUCUGUAUUUCUGUUAUAAUAAAAUACAAAAAAAACCCAAUGUGUUCAACUCAAUUACUGUUGUAAAUGCUUAUGAAUAAAUACUUAAAAGCUUAAAAACACAUAUAUUGAUAUUCAUAUGGAUAAUGAUAUUGCUAUUGAUUUAUUUUGAUUGAUAUUGUGCUGUAUAGGCCAAGCUAGCUAGCACUGCAUCAUCAUACGAAAGACUCUGACCAGAAAUUCAACAUAGAGUGAGCCAAAAGUUGGGUCUUUGGAUGGUCAAAUCCACAAUUUAAAUUUCCUGGAGUUUGGUUUGCUAAAGUUGCUAAGUGUUAGUUACUUUGAUUGAUUGAUUGAUUGUUUGUUUAUUUGUUUGUUUGGUUAUUUGUUUAUUCGUUUGUUUGUUUUGUAAUAUCAUUAGACCUCAGUUGCCAUCUGAAAUGUAUCUUCUCACCUUUCUGAGACUUGAUUCAGGGUACGUAAUGAUGCAUUUCCUCAGUUAUGCAAGUAUGAACUGUUCCUGUGUAGCGUAAUACCAAUGAUUUAUAAUUAUAACCAGGCUUUGACUCACACUGUCUCUUUAUUUUUUACUUUUUCUUUAAUGCUAAUUUGUCAAAUCCAAAAAUUGUACUGGAUUUCCAUUCUCUGAGAAAGUAUCUUUUACUGUAAAGUCCAAUUGAAGCAACGCAGGAAUUGCGAUACACACUAGAUCACUACAUGUACACUACACACAUGUAACGCAGUAUAAUCUCAGUGUUACUGUAUUGACUGGAUUUUUUGUUUUUUUGUUUACCCCUGGUGAAAAAUUGUAGUGCACAAAUGAUUUGUCUUGAUGAAUGGGAAUUCCUGACCAGGUCUGGAAUUAUGUUCAGCUUGCAUUGAAAGGCACUUAUCUCUUGUGUUACUCUUGUUUAAAAAAAAAAGAAGCCGUUCGAGCCACGGCCAGUCCUUAGCUUGUAAUCAAAAUCUUAUUAAGUUCAGUUUAUUUUUCAUCAAACAUGUUUCCUAAUAUUCAAGUAUGUAUCAUCUCCAAUAAAGUAUCAACGGUUCUGUUUUUCUGUUUUGAAAUAAAAUAAAACAUACAAAGCUAAA